UCUCACCUGUUUGCCAACCCGCCAGUCUGGUUUACGCGCCCGGUCAUCCGCCGGCGCUACAAGUGGUCCUCUCUCCUAUCUCUCUCAUUCUCUAUUAUAUCUCACAGCCUCUCACUUACCCCUUUCAUAUAUAUAUAUACCCUCAAACGACAAAUCGUGUGCAUGUUCCCCAUAGGCCGCACGUUAUCUUCGCGAUUCAAUUAAUUAGUUCAAUUUACCCGCCGGAAAUCGAAUUUGUAAAGCCGCGUGGACACGUUUAUUAUUCACAAUUAUUUUAAUGUGUUUGUGUGACAUCAUUGUCAUUGUACACUUGAUUCUCAACUAUGAAAAGUAUAUUGUCAAAAGUAAAAUGACAAUUUUACGUGUGGUACAGUGAGAAAAAUUCCCCCAUGUGAAAAAAAUGACUUGACCAUAUAAAAUGCCGAGAAAUAAGAAAAUUUCUUAACAAAAAAAAAAAGGGAUCUUUCAGAGCUUUUGAAAUCCAAAAAAAAAUGACACUAUCAAAAGAACAAUGUCUCCUGGAGAGAAAGGUUCUCUUGGAAAAUAAGUAUAUUAUCGAGAAUUGGAAAAACAUAAUAUAAAAAAAGGAGAGCAAAAAAAAAAAAAAAAAGAAACGUGUGACUAAUGAAAAUACACGAUGAGUUUUUUUAAUUCACUACAUCAAUACGUCAGCGACAGUGUCGCAAGUCUCAACUUGGGAACGAAGAGAUUCUCAUUUAGUCGAGAAGAAUCCACUACUACCGGAGCUGGAAGAAGUGGGUCCACUGGGAGUGUUACCUCGACAACUAAUUCCACCACGACGACCCACCAUGGAUUUCCUAAGGUUGUACCACCUCCUGGGACAACAACACCGCCUCAUGCUCGUUCUCUAUCGUCUCGUCGACGAACUCUCGACUCGACAUUUGUUCCUGGACUGUCGGUACAUCCUGCGGCAGGUGGAGGUGGUGGUCAAUUGUCCCCAAGACGUGUAGGCUCUUUUAGACGAAGCAAAGGAUCAACAGAUCGACCUCCACUAAUGUUCUGCCGUAGAAGACCAUCAUGGCCAGAAGUUGACAACGAGGCAACUUCCGGUGUUCAAGAAACAGAUGGAUCGUUCUUCGAGAGUUUUACUGCCUUGUCUUGGAAACAAGAAAAUCGAAGGUUAAUAGUUCUUCAAGAGGUUGAGGCCAGAGCAGAAGAAGCACCACCACCGUCCAGAGAUUUUAACCUGAACACGUCUCAAAAUUACAGAAUGAAUCAAAAAGAGAUGGAACAAUUGUACAGAGAAGUUCUUUACACAAUUGCAAAUAGAGUUGGUGCGAGUACAGGACCUUAUGCCCAAUAUAAAGAGGACCUUUAUAAAUAUGCCCAAGAAGCUUUUAGUGUUCCACAGGAUCAACAUAGACGAUUUUUAAAUAUUGCAUCCGAAGAAAAGCCACCAAUAGUUGUCCUAAACGUAUUAGUAGUCGAGGCAGAAGGCCUUGAAGCAAAGGACGCAAAUGGUUACAGUGAUCCGUACUGUAUGUUGGGCAUUCAACCGGGAAACAGCAGCUCACUACCGAGUCCUCAGACGAAUUUACCAGGUCAUUCUCCUCACACUGCGCCACCUUCACCUAGACAAACGACUCGAGCUUUAUCGGAUGGUGGCUGUGAAAUCGAAAAUUCUCAUCACGAAAAGCUUCGAAAACACUCCAGUUUUAGAAUUGCGUCAUUUAAAAGAAAGGAACAGCCAAGCAGACGAGAGCAUCGAGAAUCCAUAAGUGGUGAGGUACCUGCGAAGUACAUACGAGCCACUUCAGUGAAGCAUGGUACUUUAAAUCCACGAUGGGAAGAAAAAUUUCCCUUCGUCAUCGAUGACAUCAAUACUGAUAUCAUACAUUUAGAUAUAUGGGACCAUGACGACGAGUCCUCGGUCCUCGAUGCGGUCAGCAAAUUGAACGAGGUUCGAGGGGUCAAAGGUCUUGGUAGAUUCUUCAAGCAAAUCGCUCAAAGUGCAAGGUCAGGAAGUCAAGAUGAUUUUCUUGGCUGCGUCAAUAUUCCUGUCCAGGAUAUACCAAGCACAGGACUGGAAGGUUGGUACAAACUACAGGCUAGAACUCAAAGGAGCAACAUUCAGGGUCGAAUUAAACUGAAGCUUUGGCUUUCGACUCGAGAGAAUCGUGGCACUUCCGAAGAGGACAACUGGGGCGAACUUCGUCAGCAGGAGAGGCUCUAUACUGUAUUUCUCAAUCAUGAAAUUAACAAACUAGGGAAAGACUUUAAUGGUGAAUUAUCUCAAAUUCCGAUGACAAUUCUACAUCAACAUGCGGUACAGGGAGACAUAACUGACCUUCAACAAGCCAUUGUUAGAUGGGUUGCCAGUGCCAGACAAUCUUCAGUUGAUCCAAAAACACUUUAUAGGUUUCUUCAGGAUAUAGAAAAUAUGUGGCAUCCAAAUGAACUUUCUUUAGAAGAAGUACAAUAUUUGGCAGAUUCGUUUAAUGCAUUUUUGGAUGUGACAUUAAAAAAGGUUCGACAGCAUCGAGUUCUAUUUCCUCCUCUCCAUCAGCCAGCAAUUUCUAAACUUGAUAAUCUUCUGAGGUGCCUCGGUCUUUUGUCGAUAAUGUCAGCUUACAGAAAAUGCUGUCCAUUUAACAAAGAGAUGCGUUGGGAGAUAAUAACAGCCCUUCGAAAAGGAACCCUCGAAUGGUACCAGGAUACGAGGCAACAGACAAUGGGACGAGAUCAAGAGCCAGAUCAGGAUCAAGAUAGAGUGCUGCAGGAUUUUACGAAUUUAGUGACUGCUCUAUUAGUGGAUCUUGAACAGGGUCAGAUUUACUACAAUAGCCUUUUUGAACACACGAACGGAGUACCCUACUUCUCGGCCGUUUAUAAACAGUUGGAAAAGCUGCUGGCGGAACACGUGGCGAAACACAUGGAGAACACGUCUGAGAUGCAUGAUGAACUUGGAGCAAGGGUGACAACAGCAUGUCUACAAAUACACGCUCAGGAUAGAGAAGAUUAUGUUUUACCCCCUGGUGCUGAAAUUGGAACUCCCAUCUUUGAACUUUAUUUAGCUCUUCAGGAAUUCAUGAAAAUGAAGAAAUAUCUACCACAAUCUGAUCAUAAAACUUUGGCAAUUUGCAAGUACUAUGAAUGGUUUAAACCGGCGGUUGAUAAGUGGUUGGAUUUAGCAAAGUUGAAGGCAAUGCAACGAGUGAGACGAGCAUCAGAAUUGGAUAGAAUAUGUACUGGUGAAUAUAUAGUGAAACAUUGCACAUCGGCCAUCGACGCUAUUUCGUGCUUCGACCAGAUGAAAGAAUUUUGGAAUCAACUCGAGUGGCCAGACAUUCCAGGAUCGUAUAGUUUUGUUUUGAAAGUUGUCGAUGCAAUUUGCACUUGUGGAAGUUAUUAUGCUGAACUAACACAUCAAAAACUAGCUGAUUCAGGUUAUUACGAUGAUCAGGGACCUUAUAAAACGACUGACGAGGUAAAUGCACAGAUGUGUGUCGCGGUAAAUGGAUUAGAGUACGUGAGAAGAUGGAUGGAAAAUUUGGGUGAAAUGCUACAUAUUGAGGAUCUCUUUGCUACCUUAGAGGGACAGGCAGUCGAAGCAAUUUUCCUCCAAUGGAGACACACAAUGAUUUCGCCCUUGGAACAAACAUUAGGACAAAUGAUGAUUUUAAUUAAUCAAAUUAUCUCACGAACUGGGGCAAAGAUGAGACCACCAUUGAAGAAGGCAAUGUUUCAUUUGGCUUGGUCGCCUGACAGUCUUCCAACAUCUGAAGCGAUUGCACCUCUAGUGGAAUACUUAGAUGUACACCUGGUGGCUCUUAACUCGUCUUUAUUAUCAACCAAUUUCUUCAGAGUGCUUCAAGUCGUUUGGGAAGUGGUCUUGAGCGAGCUUUACAAUCAAAUGGACGGAAGUGCAGCAGAUAAACCGCCAUUAUUUUAUGAAAGACUUCAUGAGGCUCUUGAAUAUUUGGUAAGUUUCUUUUAUGCGGACGAAAAGGGUUUGACCUACGAUAUAAUUCGUUGCGAAAUAUUUUUAAAUAUCGAGGAAAGACUUGAAUACCAUAAAAUGGACACAACUCUUUUAAUCGACAGAUAUUAUCAACAACGAUUACAGGACCAAAUGAAUACGUUUACAGUUGAAUAUGGAGUAUUAACAGUAAGGGCAUAUUUCAAUCACGAUUCACUUUGUGUUGAGGUGAUAAGUGCAAGAGACGUGAUUCCCCUUGAUCCAAAUGGACUCAGUGAUCCUUUUGUAAUAAUAGAAUUGCUGCCAAGAAGAGUCUUUGCCCAUUGUUCCGAACAACAAACAAAUGUAAAAAAGAAAACAUUAAAUCCUCUCUUUGACGAAUGUUUCGAAUUUUCCGUGAGUGUGGAACAAUGUCGUAGUCCAGAUUCAAUGGUCCUAUUCACUGUAAUGGAUCACGAUGUACUGACAGCAAAUGAUUUUGCUGGCGAAGCCUUCUUAGGACUUAGCAGUAUUCCCGGCGUUGCUGAUUCUAAUGCAAGCAUCGAUAAUUUUCAUGGCCUCAAACAUCAGGAGCUACCUCUUAUGCAGCAAAAAAAUAAAUAUCAUCCAAUUUUACAAAUUUUGGAAUCACGAACAGGCGACAAAUUAGCAUUGGACUUUGUUAAAAAACAAAAAUUACGAUUUGCCACUUAAGAACAAAAAAAAAAUCACAUUAUUCUAAAAAGAAAAAGAUAAGAGAUAAAAAGAAGGAACUAUAGUCAAAAAAUCCUCAUCAAAAAAAAAAAAAAAAAACUUAUUUUAUUUCGUGUGUAAAUCGUGUCGAAAUAAAAUACAAUCGAUGUCGAGAUAUAUGAUAUAAAUUUAAAAAAAAAAAAAUUGAAAAUAUGUGAAGAACUAUUUUUGUGUCAAUGUCGAAGAAAAGCAGUCUCUCUCUCUAUCUCUCUCUCUAUCUCUAUCCAAAAAUGAGAAAUGAAAAUGCAAAAAUUUGAUGUGCUGUAUCUAUUGAUAAAAAAAAUGAAUGUCUACAAAUUAUUAAAAAAAGAAAAAAACUCACGCACCUGGAAAUGACGCGAUCUCGAAAAAAAAACAGAAAAAAACAAUUAAGAACUUAAUAGAAGAAAAUUUAAAAAAAAAUCAUAGAUAAGUAUAUCUUAAACGGUUUUUAAAAAGGUUAAUGAUGAAAUGUUUUUAUGAUGGUAACUAUAUUAGCGGAUGAUAUAAAUAUUAUAACUGAAUAUGACAAAUCGUUUGAGAGGAAAAGUUUAGUUUUAGAAUUUUUAUUCCUAUUUCAAAUUCAAUCACUUUUGUACCUUAACAAUCAUUUUCAAAAUAUUAUCGACUGAUUAGACGGUCUUUGAAACAAUCAUAUCUUAAAAUCCUUCAAACUCAAAAAUUUAUUCUCCUAAAACAUAUUUUUUUUCUGAAAGAAAAAAAAUUCAAAAGAAAUCUGUUUUUUAAGUCGAAAUUAUGACAAAUUUAGAUCUUUUGUUUUUAUGAUUAUGACAUUAAAAAACUAAUUUAUUUUUUAGGAAAAUAAAUUUUUGAGUAUUAAAAAAAGAGAAAUUUAAUUAUUAAGAAUUGUAGUAAAUGUCGUUUAACAUAAGAAUAAUGUUAGAUCCUGGGUUAAAAUUCAGUGUAAUAAUGGUUAAAAAAAAAAAAUAGGAAAAAAAAAAUUUUUUUUUAAAACUAUUUCGCUGAUAUAAACAAAUCUCAAAAAAACGAUAUUUUAAACAUAUUUUAUUGGGGAAAAAAUUGUUCUUUUUCAAAAUUCUCCCUUUUUGUCAUUCUAUUCCUCUCCGCGCACUUGCCUUCGAUACGAUCGUUUCGAUCUGUUUUUAUCGAAGAUAAACAAUCAAUUAAUGGAACAAUCUUAAAUACUAUAUAUAUAUAUAUAUAAAUAUUUCUCAAAAAAAAUAUAAUUUUGGCCAAUAAAUUUUUCUUUGAAUUUUGAGAACUACUGGAAUUAUAAUUUGUUUCUUCGUGAAAUUUCAAUAGAUUAUAAAAAACGACAAAGCCAACGAAUCUAAAAAAUAAAAUAAGUAAUUUUUUUUUUGUAGUAAAGGAAUGAAGCUGUGGCUCUCAAAAUUUACAGAAUAAAAAUUUCUCUUUUGCUCUAUAUAUAUAUAUAAAUAUUAUAUAUUUAUGAAAAGGUCUGACUAAAGACUGAUGAUUAAAAUAUGUGCACUUUAAUGUGCACAUUCAGCAAAUAUGUAAAAUAAUGUCGCAGAUAAAAAAAAAAAGUAUAGAAAAAAAAACAUAUAUAAAUCACACUUUAUAUUCUGAAUAAAUGAAAUUCUAUUGAUAAAAUAAAAAAAUAGUCGUCCACUAUAUAAAUCAUUCAGUAAAUAAAUUUUCAAUGACAAUCAAUUGAUGCAUUGAUUCUCAAUGGAAUUUCACUGAUUCAAAUUUAAAGUGGCAAGUUAAAAAUUGUUACUAAAGUUUAUUGAAUUUUAGGCAGACAUCACACACAAAUGUUAUGACAAAUAUUUAUUGUUCGAAUUUUACUAAAAACAAAAAAAAAAAAAAAAAUUAGUUAUUUAAUGUUUGUAAAAAUUGCACAAAAAAAGCGGAACUGGUUUCCUUAUAAAAUAUGCUUGUAUCGAACGCAAGUUUUCUUUUUUUUUUGAAAAAUUAUUUUAGUAUACCAUCAGGGAAGUCUUCUGUCGAAAAGAGAUCUUUUAUUUCAUUAAUAAUUUUUUUUAUGAAUUACAAUUUUUUUUUUUUAUAUAUUUAAUAGAAAUUAAUCGAAAUUUAUUUAAAUUUUUUAUAAUUUAACUAUUUAUAUUCAAUUUAUUCGAAUUAAAUGAUAAAUGUGGGUCCAAGAAAGAAAGUAUUUCUAAAAAAAAAAAAAAUUACUGAUUUUCUAUGUACAACAAAAUUAGUAAAAUUAAAAAUAAUUUGUCAUUUCAUUUUACAUUUUAUUUAUAAAUUAAGGAAUUUUAAAAAAAAACGUUACCCCUUUUUAAAUUUUUAUAACAUUAUUUAUUAUUUAUAUUAUUUUUAUUUUUAUUAUUAUCGUAAAUAUUAUUUUUAUAAUUUUCAUUUCAUUUUAUUUUUUAAAUAGUUGACUUAUGAAUGGAAUAAAAUAAAAAAUAUAUUGUGGAUCCAUUUUCGUGGGAGACUUUUUAAUUAAAAAAAUAAAUAAAUAAAAUAAAGUAAAUAAUAAUAAUGCAGUACGAUAACUGUAAGAGUCAGUCAAUUUUUCGAGUGCACGAGAAUCUAUCGGUAUAAAUAUAAUAUAUAAUUGCACUUAUUUUAGUGCAAAGUAUAUAUACUAUAUUAUAUGCUUUUUCACACAAAAAAAAAUAUUAUGAUCUCUCUGCAACUCACUUGCCUUAAAAAAAAAAAAAACAGAAAAAAAAAAUUCUUACAUUGAAAAAGUUGCUAUUUCAAAAUCUUUAUUAAUAUGUUGAUGUAACAAUUUUUCUCGUGCAUCGAAUUCACUCUAAUGUUGUGUUUGCUAUUGUGCUCUGUGCCGAUAUGAUAAUCAAACAAAAAAAACAAAAAACAAAAAAAAACCUUUUUCAACCACCAAAAAUAUGUAAAAUAUUCUAUCUUGUACCAGGAAACGAAUAAAUUAUAAUAAAUGUA